AUGGGGAAAGAAAAUAUAGAUAAUAAAGGUCUUUAUGAUAGCAGGAAUGAAAAGGAUGCUUGUGGUGUGGGUGUUGUAGCUGAUAUUAAUGGUAAAUUUUCUAGAAAUAUCAUACAGAAAGCUUUACAAAUAUUAUUACGAUUAAGUCAUAGAGGUGGUGUGCAAGGAAAUAAUGGAGAUGGUGCUGGUAUUUUAGUUGGAAUACCACAUGAGUAUUUUCAAAUGUUAAGUGAUACUUGUCAAUUACCUUUUUUAUUACCAGAAAAAGGGGAAUAUGCUGUAGCUCAAAUAUUUUUACCACAAAAUGAGGAAAGAAGACUUUUUUUAUAUCAUGAAAUUGAGAAAGAAGUAUAUAAUCAUGGAUUAGUUGUUUUAGGAUGGAGAUCUCCUAUACCUGUUCGACAUGAUGUUAUUAGUUGUAGUGUUAAAAAAAGUGAACCUUUUAUUGCUCAAAUGUUUGUUUGUAAAAGAUCUGUUUUUAAAAAUUAUGAUGAUUUCAAUAUAUAUCCAUUUUCAGAUAUAAAUUUUACAGAUGAUAGUAAUUUGAAAUUAAAUGAAUUACCAGAUGAUAUUGAAUUAUUAUCAUUUUUUAUAAGAAAAAAAUUAGUUAGGCAUAAUGAUAUGUAUUUCUGUAGUUUUUCAUCUAGAACUAUUGUAUAUAAAGGAUUAUUAACACCAUCACAAAUAUAUCUAUAUUUUGAAGAUUUAUUAAGUGAACAGUUUACAUCAUAUUUAGCAAUGGUGCAUGUACGUUUUUCAACGAACACAUCACCUACAUGGUAUGCUGCUCAUCCUUUUAGAAGAAUAUGUCACAAUGGAGAAAUAAAUACAAUAAGUGUUAAUUCUAUUUUAUUCCAAGAACGUAUGGAAUCAGCAAAAACACCUGCAUCUUUCAAAUCAGUUUCAAUAAAAGAUCUAAGACCAAUAAAUGAAGAAAAUUAUAUUAUAUAUGAUAAUGAUGAUGAAAUUAUACAGAAGAGAGAUACUUUUGAAGAUAUUAUGUUAACACAAAAUCGUUUGAAAAAAAAGUCUAGAAGAAAUUUACUUUUAAAAUUGAAGAAGGAUUAUACUUAUAAUAGUUCAGCUAUACAUUAUAAUAUUAAAAGAGAAUUUAUGAAUUCUGACAUUAAUAGUAAUUCAGAAUUUUUAAGUAAUGUAAAUGAAGAUUCCAAAAGUUCCUCUGAUAUUGAUAUAAUAAGUGAAGAAAAUUUAAUGAAUCAUUUAAAAGAAAAAAAUAAUAAAAAUUUUAGAAAAACUAUGAAAAAUCAAAUUAAACAUGGUGAAUCACAAAAAACUAAAGGUGCUAUUAGUUAUCCAUCUGAUUCUUCUAUAUUUGAUAAUGCAAUUGAUUUUCUUACCAUGACAGGAAGAGAAAUUGAACAUGCAAUCAUGAUGUUAAUGCCUAGAGCAUAUCAAAAAGAUCCAAAUAUAAGUCCAUUAGAAAAAGCUUUUUAUGAAUAUCAUACUUGUAUUAUGGAACCAUGGGAUGGACCAGCUUUAAUUAUAUUUACAGAUGGAUAUAAAGUAGGUGCAUCAUUAGAUAGAAAUGGGUUAAGACCAGCAAGAUAUAGUAUUACUAAUUAUGGAUUGUUUGUCUUAUCUAGCGAAACUGGAGUAGUAGAUUUAUCAUAUGAUAAAAUUGUUCAUAAAGGUUCCGUUUAUCCUGGUAAAGUUGUAUUAGUAGAUUUUAAAGAAAAAAAAUUUUUAAAACAUGAAGAAAUAUUGAGUAAAUUUUUAAGAGAACGACCAUAUAAAAAAUGGAUAGAUCAUUAUUCUAUACACAUGGAUAAUAUAAUUAGACCUGUAACAAAUAUGGAGAAUAUUCGUAUGAAUGCUUAUAAAUAUGGUGCCAUAUUGAAUAAGGAAAAUUAUUAUCAUAAUAAUAUAAAUAUAAAUAAUAACAAUAAUAAUAUUAAAUGUAAUAGUAAUGUUUUUAGUAUUAGUAAUCAUAAAACGUGUUUAAAUGAUAUAGAUUAUUAUGAUGAAUCAUUAAUUAAAAAAUUAAAAGCAUUUGGAUAUACAUAUGAUGCUUUUAAUAUGAUCAUAUCACCAAUGGUUAAACAUGCAGCUGAUGGAUUAGGUUCUAUGGGAAAUGAUACAGCCUUUCCAUUCUUAAGUUAUUUACAUCGUAAUUUAUUAUAUUAUUUUCAACAAACAUUUGCACAAGUAACCAAUCCAGCUAUAGAUCCUAUAAGAGAAGAGAAUAUUAUGUCUCUAAUGAGUAAUCUAGGAAAAGAAGGAGAUCUGUUACAAUAUAGUCAUGUUAAUUGUCAUCGUAUAUUUAUAAAUGGACCUAUAUUAAAUGAAACCUUAUAUAAUAUGUUACUUCAGUUACCUGAUUUUCCACAUAUUAUAAUUGAUAUGACAAUAGAUUUGGAUAAACUACAAUCCAUGAUGAAUAACAUAAAUAAUAAUUAUUCACCUAAUAAAGAUGGCGACCUUAGUCAGAACAAUAUUGUUAUUAAUAUCAAUUCUGAAGAUCCUUCAAAAGUAGAUGUGUGUAAAUCAAAACACUCAAAAGAGGAACAUAAUAAUAACAAAAAAAAACAGAUAUCAUCAAAAUAUUUAAUUAAAUUUAUUGAUAGCGUUAAUUCUAAAGUUGAAAAUGCUAUUAAAAAAGGAUGUCAAUUAAUUAUUUUAUCACAUAAUAAUGUUAAUGAAAAAAGGGUUCCCAUAUUUUCUAUAUUAAUUGUAGGUGCAUUACAUAAAUAUUUAUUAAGUAAGAAUUUAAGAACAAAAUGUUCACUUAUUGUUAAAGCUGGAGAUUGUUUUGAGAUUCAUCAUUUGGCUGUUCUUUUAUCUUUUGGUGCUGAUUGUAUUUAUCCAUAUAUAUUAUAUGAGAGUUUACAGUUUAUUAAAUUUGCUGAUAAUGAAGCGAGAUUAAGUAAUAACCAAAUGAUAAGUAAUUAUAGACAUGCAGCUAAUUAUGGUAUAUUAAAAAUAAUGUCUAAAAAUGGAAUAUCUACAUUACCUAGUUAUAAAGGUUGUGGUUUAAUGCAACCCUUAGGUAUAUCAGAUGAAAUAUUAAAAAAAUGUUUUAUAAAUGUAUGUGAUUCAAUAAUUGGUGGAGUCACUUUUGAAUUUGUUGAAAAAGAAAUAUUAAAUAUAUUUUAUCUUGCAUAUCCAAAAAGAAUCUUGACAUUGAAUUUAAAAGAUGCAAAUGAAGAAUUAGAUGAUUAUGGUGAAUAUCAUUUUAGAAAUAUAGGAAAAUCUCAAUUACAUAUGAAUCAUCCUGAAACUAUUAGUUUAUUACAAAGAGCUACAAGAAGUGGUAAUAAAGAUACUUAUAAAAAAUAUUCUGAAUUACAAAAUGAAUUAAUUAAUCAUUGUGAAAUUAGAGGACAGUUAGAAAUUAAUUAUAAAAAAUGUCCAUCAUAUAAUAAAAUUAAAAAGAAACAUGAACCAAUUAAUAUUCAUUUAGUCGAACCAGUAAAUAAAAUAUUAUUAAGAUUUUGUACUGGAGCUAUGUCUUUUGGAUCCUUAUCAGAAGAAGCGCAUACUACUGUAGCUACUGCUAUGAAUAGUAUGGGGUUAAAAUCAAAUACUGGAGAAGGAGGAGAAGCAGAAGAAAGAAUAAAAACAGCUAAUAAUGAAAUAAAUACAAGUUCUGCUGUAAAACAAAUUGCUUCAGCUCGAUUUGGUGUUACUGCAUAUAGUUUAGUAAAUGCACAAGAAUUGCAAAUAAAAGUAGCACAGGGAUCCAAACCAGGAGAAGGUGGAGAAUUACCAGGUUAUAAGGUAAGUUCUAAAAUAGCUUCUAUUCGUAGAAGUACUCCAGGAGUUGGUUUAAUAUCUCCUCCACCACAUCAUGAUAUGUAUUCUAUUGAAGAUGUAGGUCAAUUGGUAUAUGAUUUGAAAAAUAUAAAUAAAGAAGCAAAAAUAUCAGUGAAGCUCGUAUCUAAGUUAGGUAUUGGUGUUAUAACAUCAGGUGUGGUUAAAGGAAAUUGCGAACAAAUUUUAAUAAGUGGAACAUCAGGUGGUACAGGUGCUUCUAAAUGGACUUCAAUUAAGCAUGCUGGGUUACCAUGGGAAAUUGGAUUAGCAGAAGCUCAUCAAACAUUAUGUAAAUCGAAAUUACGAAAAAGAGUUAUUUUACAAAUUGAUGGACAACUAAAAACAGGAAGAGAUGUAAUUUUAGGAGCAUUAUUAGGUGCUGAAUCAUUUAGUUUUUCUACUCAACCGUUGAUAUCAUUAGGUUGUAUUAUGAUGAGGAAAUGUCAUUUGAAUAUUUGUCCUGUUGGUAUAUGUACACAAGAUCCAGAAUUAAGGAAAAAAUUUGCAGGAAAACCUGAAUAUAUUGUUAAUUUCUUUUUUAUGUUAGCUGAGGAAGUUCGAGAAUAUUUGGCUAGUAUGGGAUUCCGAAAAUUUUCUCAAAUUAUAGGUAGAUCUGAUUUGUUAAAAAAAAAAGAUCAUUUGAAAUAUGAUGAGAAAAGGAAACUCUUAGAUUUUUCGAAACUUUUAUUUCCUGGAUGGAAAUAUUAUGCAGAAGAUGAAAUGAAAGAUGAUCAAAAUAAACGAUAUAAGAAUAUAUCUAAUAAAAAAAAAAAAUAUAAUACAAAUUCUUUGUAUUCUGCUUCGAAGCAUAAAAAGAAUUCCAAAUCUGGUCUAAAUUCGAUUAAAAAAAUGAAAAAUAGAAAACAGGUUUUAAUAAAUGAAAGUUUUAACACUAUUAAAAAGUAUAAAAUUAAUUCGAAGCAAACGGAUAAUAUAGAAAUGGUUAAUGGACAAAGUGAACAUGUCACAAAUGUAGAAUGUGAUGAAGCAGAUGCAGAGAAUGAAAGUGAUCAGAACGACGACGAUGAUCAAGAAGAAACGGAUAAGAGUGAUGUUGAGGAAAAUAUUGAUAAUGAUGGUAGUGAUGAUAGUGAUGAUAGUGAUGACAAUGAUGAUAAUGAUGAUAGUGAUGAUAUUGAUGAUAUUGAUGAUAUUGAUGAGGUUGAAGAGAUUGAUGAGGAUGAUGAUAUUGAUGAUAUUGAUGAUAUUGAUGAUAUUGAUGACAAUUAUGAUGAUAAUAAUAACAAGAAACGACAAAACAAUACAGAGAAAAAAAUGAAAAAAAGUAUGAAUAUGAGCGUAAUAUAUAAAUAUCAAUAUAAAGAAAGGGGUUCUUAUAAUAUAAAUAAAAACAACAAAAAUAAUAAUAAUAAUAAUAAUAAGAGUAGUAAAAAAAUAAAGAAAAAAUGUCAUAUAAAAAAAAAAAUAGUAAAACCAAUUCCUAUAUUUUGUUGUGAAACUCAAAAUCAUAAAUUAUGUGAUAUUAUUGAUAGAGAAUUAAUCAGGAGAUCAAAGAUUGCCUUAUUAAAUUGUACACCAGUAAAUAUAAAAAUGCCUAUUAAAAAUACAGAUAGAGCUGUUGGAGCUAUGUUAAGUUAUCAUAUAAUACAAAAAUAUGGAGAAGAAGGAUUACCAAUUGAUACCAUAAAUGUGAAAUUUCGAGGUACAGGUGGAUUAUCAUUUGGUGUAUUUUUAACUAGUGGAGUAAAUUUUGAAUUGGAAGGAGAUGCAAAUGAUUUUGUAGGUAAAGGUUUAUCAGGUGGUAUAAUAUCAGUGCAUUUUCCAAAAAAUUCUUUAUUUAUAAAUGAAUGUCAAAAAAAUGUUAUAGCUGGAAAUUCUGUUUUAUAUGGAGCUACAAAAGGAAGAGCAUUUUUUGCUGGAAGAGCAGGUGAAAGAUUUGCUGUUCGAAAUUCAGGAGCAAUUGCUGUUGUAGAAGGUGUUGGUAGUCAUGGUUGUGAAUAUAUGACAAAAGGUAUAGUAAUAGUGUUAGGUGAAAUUGGUUGUAAUUUUGCUGCUGGUAUGAGUGGAGGUAUAGCAUAUGUAUUAGAUAUAAAUGAAAAAAAUGUGAAUCAUCAAAUGGUUGAUUUGAAAGUAUGUAAAACAAUGGAUGAAAAAAUGACUUUAGAAAAAUUAUUACAUGAACAUUAUGAAAGAACUAAUUCAUAUACAGCCAAAAUGCUAUUACAAAAUUUUGAUGAAAAUUUACAACGUUUUACUAAAAUUAUACCUAGAGAUAUUAAAAGAGUUUUAACUGAAGCUUGUAUUGAAUUUGUUAAAACAGGAAAUGAAGAAGCAGCUGCUAUUUUAGAUGAUUGGGCUUCCUUAUUAAAAAGUGUAGAUCAACCAGAACAUAUGUAUAAAAAAGCUAUGCAAUUCUUUACAACUAUUACUGAUGAUAUAUCAGGAUUAUCCAAAUCUUUAGCAUUAAGAAGUGUUGAUGGAUUAAUUAUUUAUGAUUUAUUACAAGAACAACGUAAUCGAAAUUUAUUAAGUAUAAAAAAUUCCUCAAAUGAUUUUAAUAGUUUAAAUAAUGAAGAACAAAAUAUUAAGAAAAAAAAAUUUUUCGAUUUUGAAAGAUUUAUACAUAAUUUAGAAUUGUGCAGAAGUAACAACAGAAAAUGGAGAAGAUUCUCUCAAAUUCAUUUCAAAUGUAAUGCUUUUUCAGAUUUUAAAAAUACUUUUCCUGAAAAAUUAGAUGAUAAAUCAAAAGAAAUGAUAAAAAAAUAUAUACUUAAUGAACAAUAUUUAUUAGAUUUACAUUUGAAAUCAUUAAAUUCAAAUAAGUUUAUUGAAAAACUAAUUCUUAGAGAAACAGAUGAUUAUAUUCAAAUAGAUCAAAAACAACUAAGUCCAAAUAUGUACACUUUAAAAAAAUAUUUUUAUCCAACCGAUAAUUAUGAUGUUUCGAAUAUAUCUAAUUCUAUGAAGGCCUAUAAUAAAAUUAAUGGGGUACACUUAAUCAAUAAGUCCAAUCAAAAUAAUGAAUAUGAAGAUGUGCCUAAUUCCUAUGAUUUGUCAGGGUACACAUUGGGUGCAAGAAAAAAAACAGAUGAUAUGGUAAAUAUUAAAAAGGAUGAAACUGAUACAAAUAUAACAAAUAAUACAAACAAUAUGAACAAUAUGAAUAAUACAAACAAUAUGAACAAUACAAACAAUAUGAACAAUACAAACAAUAUGAACAAUACAAACAAUACAAACCAUAUGAACAAUAUUACUAGUAGCAUACAUAUAAAUAAAGAUGAUAAUAAUAACAUUAAUGAUGAUAUGAAUAACACCGUCAUUUCUGAAGUUACCAAUACUACUUAUGUCAACAAAUCAUCAAAUUAUUCACAAUCUCAAUAUGCUAAAACAAGUGGCGAUAAUAAAACCAAGAAAUAUAGUGUUGACACAGAAAUUAGUGAUAUGACUAGAGUUUCAUCAGAUUAUGGAAAUGCUUCAAGUAUUAGUUCUACUAAACCUUUUUUAGUUGCCAAUCCAAAUAAAGUUACAGGAUUUAAAGAAUAUGAAAGGUUAUCUCAUCCACUUAAAGAUAUCAGUAGUAGAGUUUUAGAUUAUUCAGAAAUUAUUGUACCUAUAAACGUUAAAAGUAAACUACAUAAUCAAUUAUUAAAAACACAAGCAUCAAGAUGUGUUGAUUGUGGUACUCCAACUUGUCAUUAUCCUAAUUCGAGUGGUGGUGGCUGCCCCUUAGGUAAUAGAAUUUUUGAUUGGAACAAUUUAGUAUAUGAAAAUGAAUGGAAGAAAGCAUUAGAACGUCUAUUAGAUACCAAUAAUUUUCCAGAAAUUACAGGUCGUGUUUGUCCAGCACCUUGUGAAGAUGCAUGUGUUUUAAGUAUAAAUGAGAAAGCUGUGUCCAUAAAAUUUAUUGAAUUAUCUAUUAUUGAAUAUGGAUUCAUAAAAAAAUGGAUACAACCAAUGAUACCAAUUAGUCGUACUGGAAAAAAAGUGGCAAUUGUGGGUUCAGGACCAGCGGGAUUAACUGCAGCACAACAAUUAAACAAAGCUGGACAUAGUGUAACUAUUUUUGAAAAGGAUGAAUAUUUUGGAGGAUUGUUAAUGAAUGGAAUACCAAAUGUACGUUUAGAUAAAAAAGUUCUAGAGAGAAGAUUAAUAUUAAUGAAAAAAGAAGGAAUUGUAAUGAAAAAUAAUGUAAAUGUAGGUGUAGAUAUAACAUUAUCCGAUUUAGUAAAAGAAUAUGAUGCUAUACUUUUAGCUACUGGUUAUAAAAUUCCUAGAAAAUUAGAUAUUCCAGGUGCUAAUUUAAAUAAUAUUUAUUUUGCUAUGGAUUUCUUAACAUCAUGUCAAAUAUCAUUAACAAAAUCAGAUAUGACAGAUGAUAAUUAUAUAGAUGUAUCUGAAAAACAUGUUAUCAUAUUAGGUGGAGGAAAAACAGCCGUAGAUUGUAUCAGUUUAGCUAUUCGUAUGGGAGCAUCUAGUGUUUUACAAUUUACACGACAAGAAAUUCAACCUAUGAAUACAUCAGAAUAUUGGUGGCCAGGAUUAAAAAAUAUUUUCAAACUUGAAUAUUCACAUGAGGAAGCUAUCAUUAUACAAGGUAGAGAUCCAAGAGAAUUUUGUGUAAGGAGUUUGGAAUUUAUUCCAUCUAAUAAAGACCCUAAAAGAGUUUCUGGUAUAAGAGCUAUUAGGGUCAAAUUAAAAAAAAACUUAAAAAGUGAAAUGAAACAAAAUAAUAAAAUGUUAAAUAAUAAUUAUAUGGAUAAUCAUCAUAAUAAUUCAUCCAAAAUAGAUUUAAAGAAACAUUUAUCUAAAAUAAAUAAAUUAAAAAGUAUUAAAAGUAUAUCGAAAGGUCCAACUCAAGAAACAACAACAGCAAGUUCAUAUUCUUCUUCUUCUCCUGCAGAAAAUGAUAUUAUUCAGAAUUAUCAAAUAAUAAAGGAUCAUAAUGAAUAUGUUGAUAUACCAUUUACUGAAAGAAUUUAUAAAGCUGAUGUAGUCAUUUUAGCAUUAGGAUUUUCAAAAACAGAUGAUUCCAUAUGGGAAAAUGAUAAUAUAAAAAUUGAACUUAAUAAUUAUAAUUGUAUAAAAACAAACAAUAGAAUUUAUCAAACUAAUCAUAACAAUAUAUUCGCAUGUGGAGAUUGUAGAAUAGGACCUAGUACAGUAGUACAAGCAAUUGCAGAAGGAAGAGAUGUAGCAUCUAAAAUCGAUGAAUAUUUAACAAAUUCUGUAUCUAUUCUUCCUCCAUGUAAUACUUAUUAUUAUUAUCCUAAGAAUUAUAAGAAUGUUCCAUUCGGUUCUUCUAAUUGGGGAUAA